AUGGCCCCUUCUCAGCAGCAGCAGCCCGCAUCAAGGGCCCUGGUGGCGGGCACCGUGACCUUCUAUCUGAUCGCUGCCUUGGCUGUACGUCCAAUACUAUUAAACAAAUGGGUACUCAACUCCACAGACACCCCCCUUUUCUUCUUGGGCACCCAGCUCGUCAUCGCCGUCAUUCUCUUCCUGGUCGCGCACAUGGCCGGUUUACUCCAGCUCCCGCUCACGUUGGACAUGCAAGUGGUGAAGGGACUUGUCCCCAUGGUCGGACUGAGUGUCAUCGGUCUUAGUUUCAGCAACUACACCCUCAAAUACGUCGAUGCCUCCUUCUACCAGGUUGCCCGUGGAAUGGUCCUCCCUUUCACUGUCGGCACGUCCUUCUUCCUCCUCCAUGCCCGCCCCUCUCUCCACAUCCUCAUGGCCUGCCUUGUCGUCACUAUGGGCUUCUUCGUCGGCGUCUUCCUCGACGGUACCUCUGUUUCCCUCGUUGGCAUAUCCUUCGGGGUCGUCAGUUCCAUGAUCACCGCCCUUCACUCUGUCGUCAUCAAGAAGAGUCUCGACGUCGUCCACGGUUCCGCCCUUCAUUUGUCGUGGUACACCAACCUCCUCUCCUGCGUCGUCCUCGCACCCAUAAUCAUCCUCGCUGGUGAGCUUCCCGGUGUCAUGGCUCUUCUCUUCGGCCCGGACCUCAGCGCCCCCGGCGAGUUGAGCACGCUGUCCAAGUUCAUCUACGGCUCCCUCAUUACGGGUGUUUUCGGCUUCCUCAUGAGCGUCGCCAGUCUCAUGUCGAUCAAGGUCACCUCUCCCAUCACCCACAUGGUCUCUUCCGCUGUUCGCGGAGUCGCGGCGUACGCGCUCAGCGUCUGGCUAUUCAGCGAUGCCGUCACUCAAGGACGUGUCUCGUCUGUUGCGAUUAUCCUCCUCGGCUCCAUCUGGUACACCUGGAUCAAGCACCUUGAGUCGCAGCAGGCGCCGCCGAAAGGCAACUACGACCCGGUCGCUAUAGAGGAGAUGGAGCAGGGCAAGACGAAGCGGGGCUCGCGCGACGCUCGGGAUUGA